AUGCUAGUCCAUGUCACCGCCGAGGAGCCGCCAGCGUCUACUCGCAAUGGUACUACUAGCACUACUACGCUGUCGUCGACCCCCUUCUUUGGCGACCCUACAUUGUCUGGCCAGCACUUUCGAAUAACCGUUCUGGAGCAUCCGGGAUAUGUGGAUAUCAUCACCAUGCCAGAAGAAGAAGAAGAUGGAAGACUCCAGUUUUCGGGGUAUAUCAUCGAUGUCCUCGAAGAGUUGGCCAAACCAAACAGAGCCAAUUUCACAUACGAUUUGGUCACUCCCAGUGGAUAUGGAUCCCUCUGUGAGCCUAGAUUGACCCCAAACAAGGAGGGUAAUCCGGAUGACGCCUUUGGCAAACGUUAUUUCCAGGCGUAUCAGUGUGGAGAAUCGGAUGUCAAUGAUCGGCCCAAGACACACUAUACAACCGACUUUUACUGGGGAAUCUUUUACAUUACACCCGAGAGGCUCAAGGCCAACCGAUUCACCAUUCCCAUUGCUCCACCCGCUCGAGCCACAUUGGGCAUGAUGGGAACGGCGACACAUAUUCAAAACAUUCAUGAAUUGGCCGCGUCCAACAACACACAAAAUUAUCAAAUCUGUGCGUUUGAUGGGACUGCCUACAAGGAUAGCCUUGUUUUGAGCUUUCCACAAUUGCACUUUAAAGGAAUCUCCUACGCGGAGGACGUUCACACACUGCUUCAUGAGGGAGUUUGUGAUAUUAUCAUUGAAUCCUACCCAGUGUUGAAGCAAACGGUGUUGCAGUUGUACAAUGACAAUACGUGCAUUGCCAAUGGCAAACCCAUUGGAGUGAUUGGAGAACCAUUGGAGUAUGGGCUCAACUAUUUUGCCUUUGGCAUCCGAGAUGACUUGCCAGAGUCCGUGGUGCGGACAUUGGACUUUUGGUUGCAGGCUCUCAUGGCAUGCUUCCCCGAAGAUCCAGAUGGAUACUGCCCCAACGGGGUUGGUAGCACCAGUCAAAUGUACAAUGUGCAUGGUGGCACGGGGCAAGAAUGUGGCUAUGAACAGUAUCCACCCAAUACGGAUGAUAGUGGACUGCAUGUGGCUGCCAUUGUGACCAUUGCCAUUACUCCUGUCUUGCUUGUCGUCACUCUGGGCAUGAUCUAUCAUUUGCACCGGCUGAAACAUCAAGAGAAACGAAUGAAAAAGAGGUUCAUUCAACAAUUGGCCAGGAAUAUUGACAUUGGACCCAGUGUGAGACAGAUUAGUGUGGAAAAGCUUUCCGAAACAUUCCAGCACAUUGGAGGGAAAGAUGGAAAAAUCAGCAAGGAGGACUUGGCAAAGUGGAUGAAUGACUUGCACCUAGACUUUCUUUCCGACAAGGACUUUGACAGGCUAUGGGACACUAUGGAUAUGGAGGGCACUGGAUAUGUGGAUCCCAUUGACUUUUUUGCGUUCCUGAAUGAAUGUGACAAGCAAUUCAAAGAAGUCCAUGAAGAAUUCAGUUCACUCCCCAAGAGCGAGAAACUAAAGCUGGCGGCUCGGCGGUUGUCCAACAUCAAGGCUGUCGGAGAGGAAGGAGUUGACAGGAUGGAACGGCGCAACAAUCGGCGGAGUCGAUUCCAAAUACCAGGUUUGGCAAGCAGCAACCCACUGGGUUCCUCUGCUGCUUUCUCGGCUCCAUCGCAGCUGUAG